AUGAAAGCGAAAAGGAUUCGUUACUUGUCAGGCGAAAGUGCUAGCGUUAAUGAAGACACUUGUGCUGAAUGGCUAGCUCAUCUAUCGGAUUUAUUGGAAACGUACACUUCCGAUGAGAUCUACAACGCAGACGAAACCGGGCUGUUUUACAGAUGUUUACCCAACAAAACAUUAGAUUUCAAAAACACAGAUUGUCAUGGUGGUAAGGAAAGUAAAGAACGUUUAACUGUUUUGCUUGCUGUUAAUAUGAGCGGUUCAGUGAAACGUGUACCAUGCGUUAUAGGCAAAUCGCUGAAGCCCCGUUGUUUCAAAAAUGUUAAAACCUUUCCUACAGAGUAUAUUGCCAAUUCUAGAGCAUGGAUGACUGGAAUUAUUUUUAGAGAAUGGUUGCAAAAGUGGUAUAACGAGUUGACAAAAAAAAAGAGGGCUCUUCUCUUCAUAGACAAUUGUCCAGCUCAUAAUCCCUUGCCUGUUCUUAUAUCGUUAAAAGUAGAGUUUCUACCACCGAACACGACAUCGAAACUACAGCCCUUGGAUUUGGGGAUCAUUAAAAAUUUCAAGGUUAAAUACCGUACUGAAGUAGUAAACCAUGUGCUUCGACAAAUACAGGAAAAUCGUGCUGUAGUCCCAAUAAAUGUAUUAGAAGCUCUACAUUUCAUCAAGAAGGCAUGGGAUGAAGUGAGCCCUCGAACAAUUCAGAAUUGUCUUUCUGCAUGUGGAUUCGACGUGAUUACCACCGAUGAAUCAGACACAGCGCUGGAAAAUCCAGAAGAAGUGGAAAUUGAUGUGGAUUGUGAUCUACCGGUAUGCUUUCCACCUACAUAUGAAAAUAUCGUACGUGAAGUACAAAGGGAAGAAGAAGACGAUGCAGGUUUCGACAAUUUGGAGGACCCUGAAAUUGAGCCACCUACACCACCAACUGUUCAAGAAGCUAGACAAGCUAUCGACACGAUCAGAUGUUUUCUGGAAAGUUCUGAAGAUAUCGAAUACGUCAUUUUCAGGAAACUAAAUGAAAUAUUUUCGGUCGUUUCCGAAUUGGAAAAAAAACGUUUUAAGCAAAUGAAAAUUUGCGAUUCUUUUAAACCCGUAUGA